AGCACCCGCACCCCACUCACGCAGCACUUGCACCCGCGCGCCAUGCCCGAGGAGAAGCAGAAGAUCGGCCAGCAGUUCGGCGAGGUACGCAAUGCCGUCGACACCGCCGUGCUCAAUGCGUAUCUCGAGAAGCACGUGCCGGACAUCGCCGGCCCCGUGAGCGUCAAGCAGUUCUCCUUCGGCCAGUCGAACCCCACGUACAUCCUCACCGACGCGCGCGGCGCGCGCUACGUGCUGCGCAAGAAGCCGCCGGGGCAGCUCGUGAGCAAGACGGCACACGCCGUCGAGCGCGAGUUCCGCGUGCUCCGCGCGCUGGGCGAGCACAAUGCGCGCCUUCCGGGCAACCCGGGCAGCGGGCCGCACGACGAUGAACGCCUGAAGCACGCCGAUGCCGUGCCCGUGCCCAAGGUGUAUGUCCUCUGUGAGGAUGCAGAGGUGCUGGGCACGCCAUGGUACAUCAUGGAGUUUGUCGAGGGCCGCAUCUUUGAGGAUGUGCGCAUGCUCAGCAUGCCCAAGGAGGAGCGCGUCGAGUGCUAUCGCUCCGCGCUGCGCACUCUCGCCGCGCUGCACCGCAUCGACCCCAACGCCGUCGGGCUGGGCUCGUACGGCAAGCAGCAGGACUUCUAUCCGCGGCAGCUGCGCGGCCUGGGCGGCAUCUCGCAGGCGCAGGCGGCGACGAAGGACAAGGAGACGGGCAAGGCGGUGGGGCCCAUUCCGGCGUUUGACGAGAUUACGACGUGGCUGGGCAAGAACAUGCCGAGGGACGAGAAUGGCAUCACGCACGGCGACUACAAGAUUGACAAUCUGAUCUUCCAUCCCACCGAGCCGCGCAUCAUCGGCGUGCUGGACUGGGAGCUGUCCACGCUCGGGCACCCCUUGUCCGACGUAGCCAAUCUGCUGCAGCCCUUCUCGAUUGCCUGCCCCUUCCCCGAGCGCAUCAACGAGCCCGAGGAGCUGCAGCGCGCGGCGGCGCGCGGCGAGAUGUUCAUGCUCAUCGGCGGCCUCACGCCGGCGCAGAGUCCCGUGCCGCUCAAGGAGGAAUGCCUGCAGGUGUACUGCGAGGCGGCGGCGCGGCCAUAUCCAAUCGAGAACUGGGAGUUCUGCGAGGCGUGGGCUUGGUUCCGCCUCGCUGUCAUCGUGCAAGGCAUUGCCGCACGCGUCGCUCGUGGACAGGCAAGCUCGGCACAAGCAAAGACGCACGCGUCGAAAGUGGGGCCGUGCGCGGAGAAUGUGCGGCAGAUCAUGCGCAAGGCCAAGACGCAGGGCGCGCCGAAGCUGUAAGGGCGCGCGUAUUUCGCGCUGUCCGUAUGAGUGCGAGGAGGAGGCUGGGCAGGAGGAGAAAGAAAGACUGAGCGCGC